GUCUCUGUCAACUAUACUAGUAUACACAGCAGCAAUGCAGCAUAUAUCCUUUGCCUGUCUUGUACUCUGGAAAGCACCAACGAAUCAUCAUUCACUGGAAAUCUUUUGACCUAUAUAUUAUUUCCUUAUUACACUUUCUGUGGCCUAUCAUUUGUGCACAUGAAGUGUAAGCGCCUAAGCCGCGGAUUUGUUGGGAUUAAUCUGUUGUGUUGUGCCGUAAGAGGAAUCGGCAAUUCCUUGUCCUUGCUGCCAAUUUCAAGAGCAUCUACCUUUACAGCCAGCAUUUCUCAUCUCACUCAGCCCACGUAAUAUUCCGUUGGAGCUUGCUCCUCAAGUUUGGCACAUUUCUUUGCCGCCAGCCUCCGGGCUCCAUCCAUCUUAUAAACCCAGACCCAGAGGUCCACCAGCUAGCUCCCGCGGGAAUCUCACCUGUGAAAGCGAGCACACGCAACGCAGCCGCAAGCAAGCGCAUCCAUCAGUGUCCUCUCCUGCGUUUCUGUCUGGCCAUCGAGCUGACUAGCUAGGCGGCGGCAAGCCGGCAAUAAUGGAGGGAAGAAGGGCGGCCGUGCCGUCGUCGGUGGCGGCGGCGGUGGUGUCGCUGCUGCUGGCGGUGGUGGUGUCCUCGUGCUGUUUCUCGGUCGUCGUCGUCGCUGGUGACGAGGGCGAGCCGGCGGUGGGGAGCCCGGACACGAACCAGCUGUGCGUGAGCAAGUGCGGGACGUGCCCGACCAUCUGCACGGCGUCGCCGCCGACCAUCCUGCCGAUGACCGCGCCCCCGCCGCCGGCCCUGGCGCUGCUGCCGCUGUCCGCGCCCCCGCCGCCGUACCUCGAGCUGGUGCUUCCGCCGCCGCCGCCGGGGGACGUGAACGACCUCCUGCCUCCAGUCAUGCCACUCACGAGCCCGCCGGCGCCGGAGUCGUCCCCGUGCUCGACCCCACCUUCGUCGUCGUCGUCGUCGGAGCCUCCGCCGUCGUCACCACCACCACCCUCGCCCUCGCCACCGCCACCGAAGAGCAGCAGCGGAGACGGUGGCAGCGGCUCGUCGUCCUCGUCCUCGUCUUCCCCGUCGGCGCCUUCUUCGCACUUCUCGUCGCCGCCGUCCCCGCCGUCGUCGUCCAACCCUUACUACUACCUGUACCUCUCCGGCGGCGCCAAGGCCCGCGGCGGCGGCGCGUCCAGCGCUUUCGCGGUGCUCGUCCUCGCCGCGUUCCUGCCCAUCGUCGUCGUCCUUUUCAAGUGACGCACCCUCUGUCGCCAUGCAUUUCAGUCGGCUGUCCAGACCGGCCGGCCGCCGGCGUUAAGACUAGAACAUGCAUUACGUAGUUACGUACGUGCUUCGUUUUGGCAUCCGAUUCGAUGAUGAUCUGUCGCCUUUUCCAGUGCCUGCAGAUGAUGGAUCCAUGCAGAUAAUAGCUGUGUUUACAAUUUCUUGAUUGUAUUAACUAACGUUCCUGUACGUACGCACCUUAAUGAUUUUGUAAAGUGAAAAUUCUAAUGAUGGUCUAGUGUGUUCUGCUGCC